CCUGACCGUCCGAUCAAAUCGCAUCCAAGGGACAUAAUUUCUCCACGCUACCUACCCAUCUCCCUUUGAUUAAUCACCCACUAUAUGGCUCUAAAUGCUUCCACGAACAUCACUCGUAAGGCGUCCGAUCAAACCCGAAUCCGACGGCUACUACCGUGUCAUCAAUGCCUUCUCCAACCUUCUACCUUAAUUCUCUGUUUCUUGUCCUACUGUCGCACUUACGUCCCGCUCUUUUUCCCACACCUACAAUAAUCUCUCAUCCUUGUUGCCUCUUUCUUGAAACUAUCUUGUUUUUUCUCUCGCUCUAUUCCUCAUUCCCUUUUUGCGUGGGCUGUUUCUGUAAUUUUGAGAAAGGAAAUGCAAGACCAAGCCACAAGUACUUCUUUGGUUGCCAGCUCUUUGCCUUCGAGCAGCGAGAGAUCUUCAAGCUCUGCUCUUCAUUUUGAAGUUAAAGAAGCUGUGAAGUUCGUUUAUGUUUUCGAGAACAUUUCUUUUCUGCAUGUGUCAGGCAUGGAGAGUGAUGAUGAGAUAAGACGAGUACCGGAGAUUGGAGGUGAGACCACCGGCCCCGCAACCUCUGGCCGGGAGGGUAGUUCUGUCUUGGCCAAGCCCUCGGCAAGCGGUUCAAAGAGGAGAGGGAGAAGCCCAGCUGACAAAGAGAACAAGAGGUUGAAAAGGAAGUGUAUUGGAAAUGGACUGAUCAUGCACUUGGGUUGUUUGGUUGGAGCUUUUGGGUGUAUUUUCGCAAUCACACCCAAAGAGAAAGAUAUUAGCUUUAGGUUGAAAAAGCAAAGAUUAUUGAGGAACAGAGUUUCAGCACAGCAAGCAAGGGAACGGAAGAAGCAAUACUUGAUUGAUCUGGAGGCUAGGGUUAAAGAGUUGGAAACUAAUAAUACCGAGCUUGGGGAGAGGGUUUCUACUUUGCAAAAGGAGAACCAAAUGCUCAGACAGAUACUGAAGAACACGACUAGUAGCUCGCAAGAGGGGAGAAAUUGGUAUCAGCAGUCAGUACGAUUCGCGAUGCCUCCGGGACGACAAGAUGCCGCAAACGAACGACGUGACGCAACCUUCAAGAUCGGUUUCAACAGAUCGACUACCGAUUUGAACAGUUGGAUGUGCAUGAACCGUGCCGUUGGCGACCGGGGUGUGCGCGGGGGAGUUAACGGAGGAAGUGGAGGUCGUGGUCCAGGCGGGGCGCCCCGUCGGCGAUCUCCACAAUCGCCGUCCGGCGAUGCAGACGGGGAGGAGACCAUAUCGGAGCAACAAAGUACAAUUUUUGAGGAAGAUGACGGGCCAUUGUACGACGGUCCGCCGAUCUUUGAUGAAGAGCCUCCAGUGACGGAAAAAAAUCUUUGCGGGGACACGGGAAUCGAAGAGGAUGCAGUUGUCUGCGUGGGUGGCAAUGACUACAAAAUUCGUAGUGGAUCGGUGUCAAUUGAUGUAGAUUCAGAUAUUGCUGCAUCCAUUGCUUAUGAUUCUUGUGAUAAGUGGUAUCACGUUUUUUGUGUGGGAUUUGAUCCUGAAGGCCGUUGUGCUUGUUCAUGGUUGUGGCCAAGGUGUAUUGAUACAAUGUCUUUAUCUGGAAGGGUCUUGGUAUCUAUUGUUGAUGUUGGUGAGACAGCUGUAGACGUAUCCCUGUCUGAUGAAAAUCAAGAGAGUGUUGUACUGGUUGAGCAACAUUCAACCUUCGUAUUCGAUUGGGGAAAACGUCGGACGAUUCCUGUCAUGUGGACAUUUCCAACGAGAUCGGGUCGGAUUCGAGGGCGAAUCCUCCUCAACCGGAGGAGAAUGAUGCAGAAUAAUAUCUAUUAUUAA